AUUAUUUAUUUAUAUUCUUGAUACAAUAAUGGCAACUCCUCCUAAGAGACUUUGUUCAAGCUUCGACGCAGACCUGAGUUUUGAAAAAAGGGCAAUGAAGGUCUCGAUAGAGGGAAACAUUGCGGCAGGAAAGUCAACUUUUGUGCGGUUGUUAGAGCGGGCAUCAGAGGAAUGGGAGGUCAUACCAGAGCCCAUUGGGAAAUGGUGCAAUGUACAGACCACAGAGAAUGAGUAUGAGGAGCUCAGCACAUCCCAGAAGAGCGGAGGCAACCUGCUGCAGAUGUUAUACGACAAGCCCAGUCGCUGGUCCUACACUUUCCAGACCUACGCCUGUCUGAGUCGAGUCCGUUCGCAGCUUCAGCCUCCAUCUGCCAAACUUCAGCAGGCAGAGAAGCCAGUUCAGUUCUUUGAGCGCUCCGUCUACAGUGACCGAUACGUUUUUGCCUCCAACCUCUUUGAGUCUGGGGAUUUGAAUGAGACCGAAUGGGCCAUUUACCAAGACUGGCACUCGUGGCUUCUCACUCAGUUUGAGUCGCAGAUUGAACUGGAUGCCAUGAUCUAUCUUCGUGCUGAUCCUGAGAGGUGUAUGCAGCGGCUUCAGUUUAGAGGACGAGAAGAAGAGCAGGGGAUUCCACUGGACUAUUUGGAGAAACUGCAUUAUAAGCACGAGUGUUGGCUGUACAACCAAACCACAAAGUUGGAUUUUGAGUAUCUAAAAGACCUUCCCAUCCUGAUCCUGGAUGUUAAUGAGGAUUUUAAAAAUGACAGAAUUAAACAGGAAGGUGUAAUCGAUAAGGUGAAGGAGUUUCUGAACAGCCUUUAGCAUUUAAAUAUGAAUAAAUUAUUGUGUGUUGAUCAUGAAAACUUGAUGGAUUCAUGCAUGUGGUCAACUGAGUGAAUUUUGUAACAUUGUGUAGUUAUUUUUAAUUGAUGGUUAUGUUUAGGCUGUAUAUAUUUUGUUAUUUUACAUUAAAAUAUCAUUUUAACAAGAAACACAAAAAAAAUCAACCAUGUGUUAUUAGAUUUGCUUUAAGUUCUUUUGUAAAGGAUAAGAAUUACAUCAAAUGUAAAGUGUGGGAUUUUAUGUGACACGCAACAUUGGCUGUUAGUGCAGAGAUUCAUAUUUAUAUGUGUUUUGUAAUGAGUUCUGAAGACUAUUAUGUACAUGUUAGUUUUAAUGUUGCAGGGUUCCCACAGACAAACUCUGGAGAUGUUUUAAAAAAAUGAUGAAUACAUAACACAAUUGGAAAAUUCAUUUAGUUACUCUCUGCACUUAAAUAUUUAAUCUGUUUGAAAUUGCUCUUUGUGAGUGCUGAAUCAUUUUUUCAUUUCGUGAACGACAGCAAAUGCCAUGUCAUUUUAUUGGACGAGAGCUGUGGGAUGAAUGUGUUUUGAAACAAUGUAUAUCUUGAAUGGAGAGAAAAAUAAAAGAGGUUUCACAAGCAGAAA